AUGACUAUGCCGGUGAAGCAGGGACUUUCUACAUGGAGCCCGCCAAGAUUUCCUAUUUCAUCUCUUAAACCCCAAAAAUCUCUCAGACCCACUUCAUCUUUCUACACAGUAUUUGCUGCGCUCAAGGGCACGAGCCAAAAUGUCACUAAUAUCAUCAGUCACAUGAGAAAAGACGGUGAAAAUGGGAAGUUGCAGCAACAUUCACUGUCCUUUUUUAGCUUCAAGGAAAGAAUGCUAUCAAGACUCCCAUUAGCUGUCUUAGUAGCCAAUGCUAUGAUGUUCGAUAAACCUCUGCAAGUACUUGCUGAAACAUGUGAAGCUGAUGGUAAUGCCGCUUUGAAUAUGAAUAUGCCGUUGUUGCUCUUUGUUGCCCUAAUUGGUGCCACCGUUGGAGGACUUGUUGCACGAAAGAGGAAAGGAGAAUUGCAGCAACUAAACGAACAACUUAGACAGAUCAACACGUCACUAAGAAGGCAAGCUAAGAUCGAAUCGUAUGCCCCAAGUUUGAGCUAUGCUCCUGUAAGUGGACGCCUUACGAAAGAUGAGUUGAUUGUUGACCCUAGAAAACCAGAUUUAAUAUCUCGUCUGAAAAAUGGGAAAAAAUUCUUACGAAAUCAAGAACUGGAGAAGGCAUUCUCCGAGUUCAAGACCGCGCUUGAGCUUGCACAGAAUCUUAAAGAUCCUAUUGAGGAAAAGAAGGCUGCAAGAGGCGUAGGGGCAUCACUGCAAAGACAAGGCAAAUUUCGGGAGGCCAUAAAGUACCACACACUUGUUCUUGAAAUAUCACAAAGGGAAGGAGAAGAAUCGGGGAAUACAGAAGCCUAUGGAGCAAUAGCCGAUUGUUAUACCGAACUUGGAGAUUUAGAACGAGCUGCGAAAUACUAUGACCAGUAUAUUUCCAGGUUACAGUCGGAGUGA